GGAAAAGUACUCGUUGUUAUCGGUGGUGAUGACAACUACAAGGACUCUGCUGAGGAACAAGGUUCUUUCCUGUCGCGAUGGGCUCGGAGAAAAGUUUCUUCUCUGUUCAGCGAAGAAUACUUGGAUGGAAGGCAGAGCUUUAUCUUUUCUUGGGACGAUGGUCACAAACCAAUUCACGAAGAAGCUCUGUUGCAUUACUUUGAUCCUGAUAAAAAGGAAAAAAAAAUUGUUGCCAAAAAGAAAACUGAAGUAGCGAACACUCAAGUGCUCCCCAAACAGGUUUGCUGGUGUGCAUGUGCCUUGUGAAAUUUUGGCAACACUAUUUUGAAAAAAACUCCAUUCAGUGGUACUUCGAGAUACUUAAAACUGACGACUGAUGAUUUUGCGUACAUUUUGGAACAAACAUAUCACCUCGUUUUUACGAAUUUAGGAAAUCAGAAUGUUACUAACUCUGUAAUAGUUAUUGUUCAGUAACCAGAUAGUCUUUUUAUCUUAUCAAGAACCCAUAAUUACAAUCUCAUGUUCUGAUAACUUAUUUGUCUAGUUUAGUAUGAACUUAUACAUUUCCAGUAUUAGCGUGCUCUUCAGUACGCUAGAGGGAUUUGUUGGGGAUCAGAAAGAGACUGUGGCUCGUAUGUGAAGUUUAUACGCCUGCACUCACUGAGUAGCCUGUGCUUUCUAGCCUUUGCUACGUCCUAUAGAACCAGUUCAUAGGCUAUUCCCCGGCACACUCACUCCAGCUUCUAACUCCGCAGUCCCUCGGGAAAGUUAUACCGCAAACGAUUAUAUUUCGAGCGAGCGAGAAUGGACUGAUCAGAGUUGAGGGAGCUGGAAUUGUGUCUUCUCUACAACGCUUCAUUCGCUUACUCUGCUCUCGCGUUGACAGCUCGCCUUUUCGAUCGACUGAAAGGGAAAAAAAUUACUCAAAAUUAAACGUAAAGUAAAACGUGUUUAAGAUUCAAUAAUUCUUUGAUUCCUUGUCAGUAAGUCGUAAUCCUUUAUGGGUUGUCUUAACGUUCUAGGAAGUCGAGAGUAUAUAGAAAGAAGAGAGAUCAGUGUGAAGCGCAGUGGGACAGAGGCAGAGGAAAAUUUCUCCAACAAGAUCCGAACUGGAGUACAGAGGGAUCUGCAGCAGACUCCUCAAAUGGAGGAUGCUAAGGCACCUCUCAGCAUGGAAUUGCUGCCAAACCCUGGUUUAAAGCAGAGAGAAGAUGAGCACAGGGAUGAGUCAAAUGUAGCGUUCGAGGACUUCGAGAAAAUAACCCAUGCUGAUGUACCAGGUAAAGGGAACUCAGUGCAAAUGUUUCAAAAGAGAAAUAGAGAAAUAGUCGAAAUACGACAUCUCAAUGCCCUCAAAAUAUAUAAUAUAAAAUAAUUACCGUAUUUAUUUUUGGACCUUGAGAGUGGGCGCUUAUUCGAGGUGGGCUUUAAUUCGAGGUUGGGCGCUUAUUCGAAUAAAUACGGUAUUCACUACCACUAUUCAGCUCCCCCUCGGGGACAGUUGUAUAAUAUGAAACCAUCCUGUAUACGCAACUUAGUUUAAUGUAUAUGUUAGCUAAAUAAAGUAGCGCAAGACUUAAUGUGCGUUUUUAAACAAAAAAUUUUUUUCACCGGUUUCAUCGAUAAUUUUAGGUUAAACAGACAAAUGUAAAAACUUCUAAACCGAAUUUUGUCACCUUCUUCCUGUUUAUCGGAAACAGCUUCUCCGAUUAUUUGUGAAAUUUCUUCGUUUGUUACGGUAGCAAACCGGGAAGACAUUUUGCUCCUAACUUUCGCCACUGUGUUUGGCGUCGGCUGGGGGUGAAUAGAGACCGUAAGAUUGAGGUUUUUCGGCAUUUCCCGCGAACUACGAACGUCAAGAUGUCACGUGACCAGUGUCUUGCCGUCGGAUUUGCGGUUCGAGGUUCACGUUUGUACGGCUAGACCACGCUCCAGAGGUAAGUGAUUUACUGCAAGGUUUUUUGCACCCUAAAACACCACAAUCCCAGCUGGUUUGAGAGGAAAUACAACUUUUUAGAAAUCUUUUGCUUAUUGAUUAUCGAAUCCUACUUCAAAAGACGUAAUUUUGAAGACAAUUUCUCCGCUAAAAUAAAAGUAAGUGGAUGAAUGAAAACAAACGAGACAGCCGCGAGCUACCACCCACAAACCUUAAGUGCCAAAUAUGGGCAGACGGGUAACGAAACCGUUAACCGCAUACCAAAGUUUGUCUUUUGCAGUAAAAUGACCAAACCUCGAUCUUAAUGUCUCUAAUAGUACUGGAUUUCCCGAGUUUGGCCAGCUAAUCAGAGCGAAAAACGUUAUCCACUGUUUUAGUAUGCACUAAAAACGUUUAUUCUGAACAUGUUAAAGGGACAGUGUCCCGAUUAUGCGCACGCGCGAGCGUCUUCUGCUUUUUUUCUUCAAAAGACAAUAAAUUUGUCAUAUUGACUCGACAAGAUUUCCUUCCGGACCGCACCGCUGACAGAGAUUUGUUGUUUAUAUUCUCAAGUAAUAUUUUAGACUUUCAAAGAAAUCUUUCGUCUUAAUUAAAAUUUGGCUCCCGGCACGAAGACUCAUCGCGAUUUUGUCGCUAGCAGGGCCGCCUCGCGACCCGAAAAUCUCGUUGUGGUCGCUUUCAAAACAGCUUUUCUAUUGAGAAACUCGUGUCAGAAGUCAAUUGUUCCAAGUCCAGUAAUAUUUGCCUGAUUAGCUCGCGUUCUAGCCCCGGGGUUCUAGCCUCAAACGUUUGAAAGACAUAAAUAAAAAUACAAUCUCAACGCUAUGAAUCAUCGCAAAGGUUAGUCAAAAAUUCUAUUAUGAUUUCAUGGUACUAGUUUUUCUAAACAUGUAGCGCCUAUUUGUUUGAUUUUGUCGGCCGUAGGGAGCUUCAUUAAAAAGUUUACUAACGCGUCGUUGCAAAACAUUCUGCUUCACGAAGCUCCCCUUCCAUAAGAUCUCCUCAGACACAUCAAUGUCUCAAUGGUUUCUUUCUUACAGUCUUUAUUGUUGCUGUUUCAUUUCUGUGUAUUCCUUUCACAAUUAUCUGAGCUCGUAUGGAAGCUGGCAGAAGAAAUAAGCCUUCAAUCAGCAUCAAAGAACUUCCAAUCUUUUGGUCCUCCGGCCAACGGCAAUAAAAGCAACGCCAAAAAAUCCAGAUUUCGCCCAAAUCGAAACUUAACGGGAACAAUACAUCAUUGAUCUGUAAUCCUGAGAAGUUUUAGUGUAGUAUUGAACUCGGCCAAGCGCGAUGCAAACGGAUUUUUCAGGGUUCUCUUGCUCUUCUCGCAUCUUUUGAUUUCGCGACAUCCUGUCCAAAAAUCAAAGUUUGGUGUAUGCGCAGUAACGGGAUACUGUUCCUGUUCUCAUGGACCUCAUGGUGUAAUAUUCUUUGCCCAUAUCAGAACCUACAACAACCCAGAAGCAAGCAACGGAUACAAGUCCACCGUCUUUACGGGAAAUCAUAGCGAUCCUUUAUCGGAACGAGCAUGAUAUGUCUCAAGACCUAUUGAAAGGUGCCAGUUGGACUGUGGGUAAGAAUAUUUUUUCGCCUUUUUGUCUCCACACGUCUCAGUUGUACCUAAUGCAUCUUGAAUUUUUUUUUUUGGUCCCGACUUAAACUCCUCGGCCACGCUUGUAAGUAGCCAACUGCCGGUAGAAAACAUGGAUUUGUGUGUUACUUAAACUUCUUGUUUCAGUUAUUUGCCCUGUUUCACAGCCUUUCUGCUAUAAAUACUGCUAUAAAGAUCAUUGUGGGUCAUAUUCGCUUCGUAUUUAACGCAAGGUCCGACAACCAACAAGGGAAAAACUAAAAACAGUUUCCCUUUCGUUACAGUGAUUGUUGUGAUCCUCUGCACUAAUGGAGGAGGUAAAACUUCUCAGCGGGAAGAAGAAAGCAUCACAGCACGAAUUGAAGAGCUCAUAGGCGAGAAAGGGUUAAUUUUUUGGUGGAAUAGGAACAGUAAAACUAAACGUUCAGUUUUU